UCGUUGUCAGGUUAAUCUCUGUUCCUGAUUUGACAUAUUCUGCUCUAGUAAUCACCAAACAUUACCGAUCGUACGCAUUGUCUAGCGUCAUUUAUCAUUAUUAUUUAUUGUAAGAGGUACGAAUACGGGUUAUCAGCACGAAUUACUUCAAUGACGAUGACAGUGAACUCCAAGCAGAGUUCCAAGCGUUCGAAAUGGGCCUUGGACUUUGCCCACAAAACUAAACAAGACAAAAAUACAGAGAUACCAUCUCCACCAGGAUAUACCACAGGUUCUCUUUUUCACAAUGUCGAAUACAUGAGAGAGACUGAUCCCAAUCAUCUAAUAAUGAAGAAGUCCUGGGACCUGGCAUUGGGUCCACUUAAACAAGUGCCCAUGAACCUGUUUAUCAUGUAUAUGGCUGGAAAUUCCAUCUCAAUCUUUCCCAUCAUGAUGGUCUGCAUGCUUAUCAUCAGGCCAGUCAAGGGAUUAUUCACGCUACAGCAGACGUUUAAAGUGAUCGAGGGCACGCACGCGUUCGGCCAGAAAUUCGUAUACUUCUUAGGGCAGUUAGUCAACAUCGCGUUGGCGCUGUACAAGUGUCAGUCGAUGGGUCUGCUACCAACACACGCGUCCGACUGGCUGGCGUUCGUGGAGCCGCAGGUACGAGUGGAGUAUUCCGGCGGUGGUUUUAUGUAUAUUUGAUGCGUGUAAUCGUUCGACAGAUUUGUCGAAAAAACAUAACAAGUGCACAUAUACAUUCGACAAAAGUACAGUCGUGAGUUAUUUAGCUAGGUCAUAAACUGUGCGUGAUCAAGGACAUACGUACCACUUAAAUAUCGUUUAUUAAAAUAAAGAUAUGGAAAAAUUAA